GAAUACAAAGCCAUCACCUUACGUCGUUAUCCGGGCUCUGAUAUCGUUUUCCAUCGCUUAAAGCAACAGAAAAUCCACUAUGGACGAACUCGUGGAAUUUCUUCCGAGAGCACAGUGGCGGGGAAGAGGCCAACACACUUCUAUUUGCGACGAUGAUAGAAACCUCGAGCCUAUAUUAGUCAAAUGCGUGUCGGAAAUCCCUCUUUCAUUAGAAGGCUUCGGUCUGCAGGUUUGGAAAACAACAGGAAUUACGAGAAUACUGGAAAAAGCGGCCUAUAUAAUCCCGGUGUCUAUAAUUGAAGGCACACCCCAGAUUCUCGACGGACCGCCACUUGUUCCAGGAACAGCUCCCUUCUACUUUGAAGACCAGGCUAUUAUCUCUGGCUCUCUUUACUACAUACUCGCAAAGCCCCCCAGUACUAAAGUACUAAACAAUCCGAAAAGUAACACGGAGGCUUGACGAGAAAUGGCAGAGUCAGUCAUGG